AUGCCGCUGUUGGAUCGACGUAGGAUUUCGAGGAGGCCGUGGUGGCGACUUGAUACCGUUGCGGGAAUUGGAGUAACGAGCGGUCAACCAAGGUUACUCCCGCAAAGUCGCAUGUAUCUGUCUCCGGAAGAACCGAGGCGAUUGUCACUCCACCAUGUAGACUUUGAUGAAGAGCUAUUUUAUUUGGUCCUCUCGAAGUUUCAGCAGGCAAUGACCCCGGAAAUGGCGCAGAUUAGAUUGUACAAACUAGUCACGUCAUCUUGCGGCAAGGUGAUGCGCGAAAGAAUCUCUUCGCUGGAACGCUUUCUGAUGUUGUUGAAGUUGUACCCGCAGUUUGAAGUCGAUGAGCUGAAGGUAAGAUGGAACAUAAAUCAGCCACUCUACCGCCGACGACUUGAAUCGUCGUUGCCGAACAGUGACGAAGAAACGGACGUCAUCGAGCCAUAUGACAUCGUGCAGGAAGCCGCUGCAAAUGCUUUUCUUGUGGCUGUCUUUCGACAGUCGAAAAGAAGACGUCUGCAUGUCCGAAAAAUCGUCCAACUGUUGUUGUUUCAGUAAGU